UUGUCAACAUUUAUAAGGUUGUGGUAUUCAGGAUUAACAAAUAUUCAAAAUUAUGCAGGGAUCUGACCUGGUGCUGGUGAAAGUGUAGUGACAUAAGUGUGAAUGGUUAAAGUAAAUCAAGUGUUUGGAGUUUGGAAGCAUGUCAUUGACCUGUUUUGGCCCCAAGAGGUAUGUGAUUGGCUGAUUAAACCUUGGCUUCUGAAAGCGGGAGUGGCUGAUGAAAGUGUUGGCUCCUAGAAGUGCGUGAUUGGCUGAACAGAGACGUGAACCGCAGCUGGUAAACACUCACGUGGAGCAGACUUAAACAGGCUUAAGAGUACUUUACUUUCCCAGAAAAGCAUCAAUCGAAACACUGAUGUGUGCGUUUGAGAGAGCAAGAGAGAGAGAGAGAGACUACUUAAAGAAGAGAGAGAGCACAGCAGUAUCACUGAAUCUAAAUGAACAGAUAAAGUGUGCGUCGGCCUUUUGUAUUUGUGUCAUUCGACCUCAACAUGCAGCAAAUCUACACCCAGAGUCAUGAAGAGUUUGAAGUAUUCACCACUGUGCUGUCUCCUCAAGUUUGUCGGAAGAGUGUGAAUUUCAAGCAUCAAGGAGAAAUGGUGGUUGUGGUGACAGGAUACAGUGCAGAAUACGAAGACGAGGCGUCUGUCUGUGCCGGUGAAGUUGUGAUACUGCUGUAUCGGGAAGAUGCUGACUGGUGUUACGUACGACAGCCGAAUGGACGAGAGGGAUACCUGCCCACCACAUGCCUCGAAAAGAAACAAAAUCCUCUGCGGCUUAUCGUAACUACACAGAGCUCCAUACAAGAGUCGUCUAAUGACCGUCGUGGCUGCACGGGUGCAGAAGACGCUCUCUGAAACUGCCACGGCGGGCAUCAUUAUCAGGAGUGCCUGGCUCACCCCGAUUACUUCAGCGGCUGCUCACUCGCCCCCGUCGACGCAGUGAAGGACAUACCAUACAUACUGGCUCCAUCAAUCCUGCCUUUCAUCCUGAUUGACUCUGCCCCACAACUCCAAGCUCCACCUCUCCAUUUGCUCUUAACUCCACCUUUGCAGUGAUGCCAUAGAAGAACCAUUUUUUGUUUAGUUUAGCGUUUUUAGUCUGUAGAACCUUUUAACAUAAAGAAUUAUUUGUGCAACAGAAUGGUUUCAUUUUAAGCAUGCACCUGCAAUAUGCCGUUUUUUGUGACUGAACCUGCAACCAGUGUCCAGAUUGUUUACCUUUUACCUUACUGAGCAA